UCUAAAUAGCUCUGCAGAUGUGAUGGAAACACAGCACAUCCUGGUCUGGCGUAUUUGUCUGAUCCUGGCCCUCUUGCCCCACCCGCACCAAUGCCUGUCAGUGCAUUUCCAGAACAAGGGUCUCCUUUAUGUGGCUCUGGGGAGAGACCUGGUCCUGCGGACCCAGUUCCAGAUUACACCAACAGAGAAGAUCAUCAUGGUGAUUUGGGACCGCCAGACCGAGAAGGGUCAGGGACAGGUCAGGCUGGCCGAUCACCAAGAUGCACCUGGCAAUCCUCUAGACCAGAAGGGGGCCUUAUUUAGGGUGGAGAAUAUAAGAUCAUCUAACUAUGGAGUCUACACCAUCACUGUGACUGACCAGAAGGGGAACGAGCAAUCAGCAAAUAUAGUUGUUCGAGAGAUUGUUGCUGCUCCUGUGGCGUCUUUGUCGCUCCAGUGUGAGGUGGCCAAUGACAGGGCACAGUGGGACAGCCCAGUGUUUUCCUGGUUGGUGGAUGGGGUAGAGCUGUCCAAUCAGACAGCCAAUAUCUCUGCAGAUGGCCAGAGACUCGACUUGUCCGGAAUGAAGGGCCACAACUACACCUGUGUUGUCAACAGCAGUCUGGGGACAAGUGUCACACACUACGUCACUGGUAUACAUGCGUUAUGA